AUGUUUCAGUCCGGGCACAUUUUCAGACCGGACCUACAAGAAGUCGGGAGUGCUGAUCACUUCGUUAAAAAAAAAAAUUCAAAUCACUUUCUUACAUUCAAAUGACAGUUAAAUUGAACAUCGAGGACCAUUAAUGUAACCAGCCGUUGAACCAGCUGUUAACUCCUUGGAUACCAGCAUUUGAACUAGCCCUUAGCUCGCUGUAAAGCAGCCGUUGAACCAGCCGUUAACUCAUUGGAAACGAGCGGUUGAACCAGCCGUUAGCUCGGUGAAAACCAGCCGUUGAACCAGAGAUGCCCAAGAAGAAAACCGGAGCCCGGAAAAAGGCGGAGAACCGUAAAGAGCGAGAGAAACAGAUUCGAGCCAACCGGGAUGUUGUCGAUGUGGCCAAACACCCCUGCAACUCUAACAUGGAAUGUGACAAAUGUCAGAGAAAACAGAAGAACAGAGCCUUCUGCUACUUCUGUAAUGCAGUGCAGAAGCUGCCAGUCUGCGCUCAGUGUGGCAAAACCAAGUGCAUGAAGUCAUCAGAUUGUGUCGUCAAACAUCCUGGGAUCCACAGCACUGGAAUGGCCAUGGUGGGGGCCGUAUGUGACUUCUGUGAAGCUUGGGUGUGCCACGGCAGGAAAUGUCUGAGCACUCACGCCUGUGUGUGUCCUCUGACUGAUGCAGACUGCAUUGAGUGUGAACGUGCUGUCUGGGAUCACGGAGGGCGAAUCUUCCGAUGUUCCUUUUGUCAAAACUUUUUAUGUGAGGAUGAUCAGUUCGAGCACCAGGCGAGCUGCCAAGUCCUCCAGGCAGAAACAUACAAAUGCGUUUCCUGUAAUAGACUGGGACAACACUCCUGUCUGCGCUGUAAGGCCUGUUACUGUGACGACCACGCCAAGAGUAAGGUCUUCAAACAGGAAAAAGGCAAAGCUCCACCCUGCCCCAAGUGUGGUCACGAGACCCAGGAGACCAAAGAUCUCAGCAUGUCCACUCGCACAUUGAAAUUCGGCCGGCAGGCUGGUGGUGACGACGACGAUUAUUACGAUGGAGCGUCCGGGUACGAUGCCUACUGGAAGAACCAAGCGUCUGGAGGUGGCCAACAGGACUAUGGAGACGAUGACGACUACGAAGAAGACGAGGAGGACGACGACGAGGAUGAUGAUGAUUCUGAGGAAGAUGAUGAUGAGGAGGAGGAGGAAGAAGAAGAGGAAAAGGCUGCUGACUCCAUGGCUGCUCUUAAACUGGACGGUGCUGCCUGAGCUGGGACAGAGACUGGAGAGCACAGUCCUGCAGACACACAUGAGGGUUUGCAGAUGUUCACCUGUUACAAAGAAGUCAACUUAUAAAUAAGAUCAUGAAUCUGACCAGAUAUUCAAAAGAAUUAAAACAAAAGAUUGAGGUUUAUAUACCCAUCCCUUGAAAUGACUUGUUUUGUGUUUUGUUGUUAAAUUCGGGGUUGGAUUAAUGAACUAGGAGGGCCAGAAUUAGCUGUAAACCCCCUUUUUUAAUUGGAAAUAUGCACCAUGGAAAUUCUGACAAGAAAGUUUGUGCAAUGGUCAAUGUCAAAUGUCAGCUGGGAUUAUAAAUGGUUACAGAUAAUGAAUGGAUGAAUGGUAAAAUGAACAUUUCAGAUACGCUUUUCUGCAUGUUCAUCAACAUGAAAACACAAAGCUCCUGCAAAAUGUAACAAUGCAACAAGUUUAUGUUAUGAUCAUUGGCUAUUAUAAUUAUUUCAAUUUUGUUUCUGA